AUCGAGAUCUAGGUAUUCUAGUGUUUUAGAUCUUAGCAUUUUGCAUCGUGACCUUGCUUCGCGCUGUUGGGUCUCUGCGCUCGCCGUAGUUGUCAGUGCGGACUCCUUCUCGGGACAAAUGAAAGAAGAUGUCUGUGUUUGCGCAGCAGCGUUGAGGCAUUUUUAAAACAUGUCCGUCAAUGGAGGAGGAAGCAGAGGAUUUUACUUCAACACCGUCUUGUCCUUGGCUCGGUCGCUGGCGGCUCACCGGCAGGCACCGAUAGACAAGGUCCAGAAGCUACAAUGCAUGUGCCCUGUGGACUUCAGAGGAGUCUUCCAGCUGGAUGAGAGGAGGAGAGAUGCAGUCAUUGCACUGGGAAUUUUCCUAGUGGAGUCAAACCUGCAGCACAAAGAUGCUAUCGUCCCCUACCUUCUCGGGUUGCUUAAAGGGCUUCCUAAGGUUCAGUGGAUUGAAGAAAGCUCGGAACGCAAAGGUAGAGAAACACUUCCUGUUGCGGAGAACUUCAGCUUUUGUUUCGUAACGCUGCUCUCAGAUGUUGCUCAACGUGAUGAGACCUUGCGAGGACAGAUCCUGGAGGCGCUCAUGGACAUCAUGCAGGUGCUGCAAGACAUCUGCAAGGAUCCAGAGUCUCAUGAUAAAGAAUACCUGUGCAGGUACACUGUACCCACCCUGCUCGGCGUUGCCCGAGCAUUUGGCCGAUACAGCAACACCGACGAGCCUUUACUCUCCAAGCUGUUCCCUCGACCAGUUGCUCCUUUGCUGCCUACAGGCGAUGAUAGUGACGCUGCCCACCGGAGGUCUUUCAACGACUUCCGUUCCAUCCUGCCAAGCUCUUUGCUCACGGCCUGUCAGGGAGACACUCUGAGACGCAAAGGCUCCUCAGUGUCCAGCGUGUCGCAACAGGCCAGUCCAGAGAGAGCAGGCCUGACCCCCAUCUCACCUGCUGAUCCCUCUGCCCAGUACUUUGAAGGCUCAUACCUACCCGAUGGCAGUGCCGUGGACCCUGAUUACUACUUCUCCACCAUCAGCUCCAGCUUCUCUCUCUCCCCUCUUUUCACCGGGAGCAGCUCUGGAGAGUUCCAUGUCCCUCUGGACAUGCUCAGACAACUCCUUCACAUGGUUGAACAGUUUGUCUCUGAGUCAUUUUUAAAAUCACUGGAUGACACCUUGGCAGAACUUAUAGAGUUGAGUCCUGGUCUUCAUCUCUACUACAAAACCUUCAGUGAUCCCCUGUAUGUAGCCAUAUUUAAGAUGCUAAGAGACACCCUGUACAAUUUGAAAGACCUGCAGACAGACUAUGUGAAGGAGGUUCAUGACUUUGUGCUGGAGCAGUUCAGCAGCAGCCAGUCGGAGCUGCAGAGGAUCCUGCACGAUGUGGAGUACCUCCAGAGUGAACUGAGCCCGCUCAAACUGCGCUGUCAGGCCAAUGCUGCGUGUGUGGACCUCAUGGUGUGGGCUGUUACAGAAGAGCAGGGAGCUGAGAACCUUUGCACCAAACUAUCAGAGAAGCUGCAGUCUAAGACGUCCAGUAAAGUCAUCAUCGCUCACAUGCCCCUCCUCAUUUGCUGCUUACAGGGCUUGGGUCGCUUGUGUGAGCGCUUUCCUGUGGUGGCCCACUCUGUCACCAUGUCACUGAGAGACUUUUUGGUGGUGCCCUCUCCCGUUUUGGUGAAGCUGUACAAAUACCACAGCCAGUGCACUCCAGGGGGUGGUGAGAUAAAGAUCCACGUGACGAACGAACAUUCCCAGUCAACCCUCAGCACCCAUUCUAGCAAGAAGAGCCAGCCCUCUAUGUACGAGCAGCUGCGGGACAUCUCCAUAGAUAACAUCUGCAGGUGCCUGAAAGCAGGACUGACUAUGGAUAAUGUCAUUGUAGAAGCUUUUCUCGCCAGUCUGUCUAACCGUCUCUACAUCUACCAGGAAAAUGACAAGGAUGCCCACUUGAUCCCCGACCACACCAUCAGGGCUCUGGGUCACAUUUCUGUGGCCCUGCGGGACACCCCCAGGGUAAUGGAGCCCAUCCUGCAGAUCCUACAGCAGAAGUUCUGUCAGCCGCCCUCCCAGCUUGAUGUCCUCAUCAUAGACCAGCUUGGCUGCAUGGUCAUCACAGGCAAUCAAUACAUCUACCAGGAGGUGUGGAAUUUGUUCCAGCAGAUCAGUGUCAAGGCCAGUUCCAUGGUCUACUCUACCAAGGACUACAAGGACCAUGGAUACAGACACUGUUCCUUGGCUGUGAUAAAUGCCCUGGGCAACAUAGCAGCAAACGUUCAGGCUGAGCAGAUGGUGGACGAGCUGCUGGUCAACCUGCUGGAGCUUUUUGUUCAACUGGGCUUGGAAGGGAAGAGAGCCAGUGAGAGAGCCUCAGACAAGGGUCCAGCUCUGAAGGCAUCAAGCAGUGCUGGAAACCUCGGUGUUCUUAUUCCAGUUAUUGCAGUGCUGACAAAGAGGUUGCCACCAAUUAAGGAAGCAAAGCCACGUCUGCAGAAGCUCUUCAGGGACUUCUGGCUCUACUCUGUUGUCAUGGGAUUUGCGGUUGAGGGUUCAGGGCUGUGGCCAGAGGAAUGGUAUGAAGGAGUUUGUGAGAUUGCGACCAAAUCACCGCUGCUCACGUUUCCCAGUGGAGAGCCUCUACGCUCGGAGCUGCAGUACAACUCUGCGCUGAAGAACGACACUGUCACCCAGGCGGAGCUGAAUGAUCUGCGAAGUACCAUCAUCAACCUGCUGGAUCCUCCUCCGGAGGUGGCUGCUCUCAUUAACAAAUUGGACUUUGCCAUGUCGACGUAUUUGCUGUCUGUUUACAGAUUGGAGUACAUGAGGAUGCUGCGCUCUCUGGACUCUGAUCGUUUUCAGGUCAUGUUUCGAUACUUUGAAGACAGAGCAAUACAGAAGGAUAAAUCUGGCAUGAUGCAGUGUGUGAUUGCUGUCAGUGACAAGGUUUUUGAGGUCUUCUUGCAGAUGAUGGCAGAAAAACCUAAAACCAAAGCCCACGAGGAGGAGCUGGAACGCCACGCUCAGUUCCUCCUGGUCAACUUCAAUCACAUCCACAAGAGGAUCCGCAGAGUGGCUGACAAAUAUUUGUCCGGCCUGGCUGAAACUUUCCCCCACUUGCUAUGGAGUGGCCGUGUACUGAAGACCAUGUUGGACAUCCUGCAGACGCUCUCCCUCUCGCUCAGUGCGGACAUCCAUAAAGAUCAGCCUUAUUACGACAUCCUAGACACGCCGUACAGAAUCAUGGUCCCAGACACAUAUGAGGCCAGAGAGAGCAUAGUGAAGGAUUUUGCUGCUCGCUGUGGGGAGAUCCUUAAAGAGGCUAUGAAGUGGGCUCCAUCUGUGACCAAGUCCCACUUACAGGAGUAUCUGAACAAACAUCAGAACUGGGUGUCGGGUCUCUCCCAGCACACAGGCCUGGCCAUGGCCACAGAAAGCAUCCUGCACUUCGCCGGUUAUAACAGACAGAGCACAACUCUGGGGUCCACUCAGCUGACUGAAAGGCCAGCCUGUGUGAAGAAGGACUACUCCAACUUCAUGGCCUCCCUCAACCUCAGGAACAGAUACGCAGGAGAGGUAUCAGGUAUGAUCCACUUCGCCCAGGCAGUUCGAGGACAGUCUGAUUUGAGCCGGAUGAUGAUCAAGCAGAUGGGAGAGGCUCUGGACUCUGCACAGCCUGAGGCCUUCACUGAGGCCAUGUUCAAACUGGCUGCUUUGCUCAUCAGCACCAAAGACUGUGAUCCUCUGCUUCUGCACCACCUCUGCUGGUCUCCUCUCAAGAUGUUUACAGAGCAUGGCAUGGAAACCGCUAUCGCUUGCUGGGAGUGGUUGCUGGCAGCACGUGCUGGAGCGGAAGUACCUUUUAUGCGAGAGAUGGCGGGAGCGUGGCAGAUGACCGUGGAGCUGAAGAUGGGAUUGUUCUCAGACGCUCAGGUGGAGGCUGACCCUCUGGCUGCAUCAGAGGAAAGCCAGCCUAUCCCCUGCCCUCCAGAUGUUACCCCUCACCACAUAUGGAUCGAGUUUCUAGUCCAGAGGUUUGAGAUAGCUAAGUAUUCCAGCGCAGAUCAAGUGGAGAUCUUUUGCAGUUUACUUCAACGCUCGCUGUCUCUCAACGUAGGGGGGGCUAAGAGUAGCCUCAACCGACAUGUAGCUGCUAUUGGACCUCGUUUCAGACUCCUGACUCUGGGCCUGGCUCUGCUCCACUCUGACGUCGUCACCAAUGCAACUGUGAGGAAUGUGCUCCGAGAGAAAAUCUAUUCUACAGCCUUUGAUUACUUCAGCGUGUCCCCAAAGUUUCCGACCCAAGGUGACAAGCGUCUCCGUGAGGACAUCUGCAUCAUCAUCCGUUUCUACGCCAGCAUCCUGUCCGACAAGAAGUACCUGGCAGCGUGCCACCUGGUCCCACCUGGUGAGCUUGGUACUACCCCAGCCCCGAGCACGCUCUCUGCUGGGAUUUUUGGAUCGCUUAUCGUGUCCAGCACUUCUCCGAUAUCUAUCUUAAAUAAUCAGGACCCGUCCUUGAACAGUCUGUCAGUGAUGAAUGCGGCUGACCUCAGGAGCAACAUGGACUCCAGCUCUCGCUCCCAGCAGAGCAGCCAGGGAUGGAUCAACACCUACCCGCUGUCCAGUGGCAUGUCCACCGCAUCCAAGAAAUCAGGCACAUCCAAGAAGAGUAACAGAGGGACGCAGCUUCACAAAUACUACAUGAAACGCAGGACUCUGUUGCUGGCCUUACUGGCCAGCGAGAUCGAACGCCUGACGACGUGGUACAACCCCCUCUCCACCGCGGAACUGGCCAUCGCCACAGAGCAGUCGGUGGAGACCAGCAUCGCCAACUGGAGGUCCAAAUACAUCAGUCUCACUGAGAAACAGUGGAAGGACAACGUCAACCUGGCCUGGAGUAUCGCACCUUACCUGGCUAUGCAGUUACCAACAAGGUUUAAGAAUGACGCCAUUGUCGCUGAAGUGACCAGGCUGGUGAGACUGGACCCUGGAGCAGUCAGUGAUGUACCUGAGGCCGUCAAGUUCCUGGUGACGUGGCACACUAUUGAUGCAGACUCUCCUGAGCUGAGCCAUAUCCUGUGUUGGGCCCCAGCAGACCCACCCACCGGUCUAUCCUACUUUAGCAGCAUGUACCCUCCUCAUCCUCUCACUGCUCAGUAUGGGGUUAAGGUGCUGCGCUCCUUUCCUCCAGACGCCAUCUUGUUCUACAUUCCUCAGAUUGUCCAGGCUCUCCGUUACGAUAAGAUGGGUUACGUGAGAGAGUACAUCCUGUGGGCAGCACAGAAGUCUCAGCUUCUUGCCCACCAGUUCAUCUGGAACAUGAAGACCAACAUUUUCAUGGAUGAGGAGGGACACCACAAAGAUCCUGACAUCGGGGAGCUGUUGGAGCAGAUGGUCGAGGAGAUCAUAGGUUCUCUGUCGGGUCCGGCCAAGGACUUCUACCAGAGAGAGUUUGACUUCUUCAACAAGAUCACCAACGUGUCCGCCAUUAUCAAGCCAGUUCCAAAGGGAGAGGAGAGAAAAAGAGCCUGUCUCAAAGCCCUGUCCGAUAUCAAAGUCCAACCAGGCUGCUACCUGCCAAGCAACCCUGAAGCUAUAGUGCUGGACAUUGACUACAAAUCUGGAACACCCAUGCAGAGUGCUGCCAAGGCGCCCUAUCUGGCCAAGUUUAAGGUGAAACGCUGUGGGGUGAGCGAAUUGGAGAGGGAGGGUCUCCGCUGCCCCUCAGACUCCCUGGAAGACGGAGAGGAGAAUCCAGACGGAUCACGCAGGGUUUGCUGGCAGGCCGCCAUCUUUAAAGUGGGAGAUGACUGCAGACAGGACAUGCUCGCUCUGCAGAUCAUUGGGCUUUUUAAGAAUAUCUUUCAGCUGGUGGGCCUGGAUCUGUUUGUCUUCCCGUACAGAGUGGUGGCUACCGCACCAGGGUGUGGCGUGAUUGAGUGCAUUCCAGACUGUAAGUCCCGAGACCAACUUGGCAGACAGACGGAUUUUGGGAUGUACGAUUACUUCCGUAACCAGUACGGCGAUGAAUCCACCCUCGCCUUCCAGAAGGCCCGGUAUAAUUUCAUCCGCAGCAUGGCCGCCUACAGCCUCCUGCUGUUCCUGCUGCAGAUCAAGGACAGGCACAACGGCAACAUCAUGCUGGACAGCAAGGGCCACCUCAUCCACAUAGACUUCGGCUUCAUGUUUGAGAGCUCCCCCGGUGGGAACCUGGGCUGGGAGCCAGACAUCAAACUGACCGAUGAGAUGGUGAUGAUCAUGGGAGGAAAGAUCGAGGCCACUCCUUUCAAAUGGUUCAUGGAGAUGUGUGUCAGAGGAUAUCUGGCUGUACGACCCUACAUGGAUGCAGUGGUUUCUCUAGUGACCCUCAUGCUGGACACUGGCCUACCAUGCUUCAGAGGACAAACCAUUAAACUCCUCAAAGGACGGUUCAAUCCGCACAUGAGCGAGAAAGAAGCAGCGGCGUUCAUCAUCAAAGUCAUCCAAAGCUGUUUCCUCAGUAGCAGGAGCAAAACGUACGACAUGCUGCAGUAUUACCAGAACCAAAUUCCUUACUGAGGAUCUUCCACUGGACCUGUGCUGUACGUCCAACACAAAGGUCUCUACACAAGCAAAGCAGACCUCCUCUUGGUUGAUUUUUGUUUUUGUUUUUGUUUUAAACCGACACGGCGGUGGAUCCGCCGUACAGAUGGCCCAGGCUGAUCUGUAGAAACACCACUCUGCUCACUCUGCUCCUGUGAGACAGACAAUAAUGUGGCACUUUGAUCCGUAUUCUCCAAUUUUACCGUCAGUUGUCAGAUUUUCUAAUGUACAUCUGAGUUUUAAAGUAGUUCUUCACUUAACUUGAGAGUAAAGGACAAUGUAUGACUUUAACCAAAAGAGGUAUUUGAAUCACCCUUUAAGUGUUUUCUUCUUGAUGCUGUUCUUUGUUACUCAGCAAACAUUAACUAAACUAUCACACUAGAGGAAGAUGGCCAUAACAGCAGCCAUAUUUAUAGUGUUUGUCAAAGCAGCCGUUAUAAUCGUUGUUAUCCUUUUGUGAUUAUGCUGUUAUCCACUUUUAUGCACUUUACAGAUCACAGUAUUUCAUUGGCGUCACCUGCCUGUGAUCAAGAAACAGAGAUUAAAAACAAUGUGCAGUUUAAUCAACCGAUAGAUUUCAAUUGAUUUUAGUAGAACACAAGCCAGUGUUAUCAAGUAGAUCGAAAAUCAGUGCAGGAAUCAAUCAGCAUUUAAUCGAACAGUGGUCUUUAGAAAUGUAAGUUUAUUUAGAGAAUUAAAGGUAAUUAUGCUGUAGUUAUUUACUGUGGAAUAUUUACUGUAGGGUCACAUCAAGAUCACAGGUGUUUUUCAGUGAUUUACGUGGAACUUGUAGAAUUAUAUGCGAAGAACAUAUAUAUAUAUCAGAAUAUUUUGUAAACUUUUAACUGUGCUACUUUGAUGCUUAUCCUCAAAGUCAGUCGUUUUAAAGCCUCCUCAUCUCAGCUUGUAGGUGAAAUCUGUUAUAUGGAGGCAGUUUGCCACGACAGGAACUUAGCGACCCAUGACGUGAACUUUUAAGACCCAGCAAGGCCUCGAUGCUGCAGGUCCUGCCUUGUGUUUCCGCUCUGUUUGGUGGCCGAGCGGAGUUGCGUAGUUAGCGCUAGUAGCGGCUAAUGUAACCUGGAGCCUGCAGCAGAGACGGGGGGGGGCUACAUAGGUCUGGUCAGCUCACUCCCUUCAAACGCCACACCUCCAUUUUGUUUUUGUUUUUUUAACCUUUCAAACUUGAACCUUUCACUCAGGUGACAUCACUUAAGGACAUUUAUCGGACUUCACACAGCUCCCUCUGCAGACACUGAAGGCCUAAUACAACUUUUUAAAACCUUUUUAAUUAAUCUUUAAAUGAAUCUUUUAAUCCAGCUGGACAUUCUGGAUCAAUUUUCACUGUCUCACUGGUCCCCCCCAUGCUGUUUUAAUGCAGAUCUUUUUUUCGCUCUGAAAUAACACUAAAAUCGGCAGAGCUCCCCCUUUAAUCAUCGCCGCGUUGCAAGCGGGCAUUAGCGUUCCUUCCCUCGCGAGUCCCUGGAACUUUAGGCUUUAGUAUCACCUCCUGCAGCAGUGCUGCCAUUUAGCUCCGGAGCAGGGAACAGUGGAAAUAAAAAGCAGAACCUGUGACGACGGUCGCAAGUCAAGUUACGGGUCGUUAAGUUCCCGUGGCGGGAAAAGGCCGGGAGGAAGGAGUUGACGCGGCACACGUGGUAGAGCGGGAGCUCUCUGGCUGCUCUACGCCACAGCCCGCACGUCUCAGAUAGAAACCGAGACACACAGUAUUUUUGUCCCCCGUCAGAACACAGGUGCUCCUCAUGUAUGCAAACCCUUCACCGUCUUGCAAACAUCCCUCUCUGAGUGUGUGUGUGUUACAUCAAACCUGUUGGGUUUGGAUUUUAUUGGAUGACCUCGCUGUUACCGAUGCAGAUGAUGAUUAUACCUAAAAAAAAAAAAAAAAAAAAAAAGCCAUUUCUCCUACCCCUUGGUAGAAUCACAACUGUAGUAAUACUUGACAAAAAACCCCCAAACUUUAUGCAAUAUAUUCAUGUAUAUUGAUACUGUAUCUAUGUGCUAAACUGCUAUAAUGCCUUCCAUCCCAGUGUCUGAUGUUGCAGCUACGACAUACGACAUCGUUUCAAGUACGUGGUCUAAUGGCUUGUAAAGAGACUUGAUGAGGCUGUUGUUGCUGUGAUUAAUUCUCGACGAAGCCGUUUUUAAGCCUAGUUGAUUUUAUUGAGUUGCUGUCAUUUUAAAUAUGUCAGUCAUCCCUUAUGUCCCCUGUAUCAGUGAACCAGAAGUGUUGGUUGGGACACACACACACACACACACACACUGUACGAGUCUGUGUGGUUUUUGUUUGUAUAUUCUCAGUUUGUGGCGACAUCAUUGCCAGUUCAGUUGAAGAUCACGUCUGUUAUUCUGACCAUGUGUGAAAACUGCUGAUUUCCAGAUUAAAUGUGUGUACGUUUCAUCCGU